AUGGAAGUGUCGUCAUUCUUCCACUAUCAACCUGCUUCAUCCAUCGGGGCGGAGACGUACAAUUCCGGAGAUGAUUCCUUGUCCUUCUACUCCACACCCUGGAGCACAUCCACAUGCUCAGAUUCACUCUGUUUGGCCCUGGAGCAGCAUCAAGGGCCACUGAUGGUGGACUUUUGCAUGGAAGGAUCAGAUCUGCAGCCACAUGAACCACCUGUGAGGCACAAGAGGCGACGUCGUAUGGAGGCACAUCGGCAGCGGAGCACCACAGCUGGCAAAGUGACCCCCCUGAGCCCGUCAGUGAUGCGAAAGAGGCGCCUGGCGGCCAAUGCGCGCGAAAGGAGGCGCAUGAAUGGCCUGAAUGAGGCCUUUGAUCGACUACGUGAAGUUGUGCCAUCACUGGAUGCUGAUCAUCGCCUCUCGAAGUUUGAAACCCUCCAAAUGGCUCAAACCUACAUUGCUGCCCUGCGUGAUCUCCUCGAAAGGGGUGUCGAUGAGACCACCUACAGUCUCCUGAGAUCGAGCAACAGCUGAAGAUUCACUUCUUGUUCCUUCAAACACACUGAUUAGGAGGAGAUCAGUCAA